AUGGAACAGACCUUCCCAGAGAAGCCUGCAGCUAUCGGCCAGGCUGAUAUCAGGCCGGCCACCACCUCCUCUCACGAUUACGAUUACGCCCCAUCUUCAAGAACCCUGCCUCCAAAUACCGCAACCCAAACCCCUAAUCCUGCGCUCCUCUACGAGAGCUCCGGGGAUGGCAAGGAUCUUGUUGCCCUUCCUGUCAUUGCGGAUGACUCUCAUACCACCGCCAGCGCAACCCCAGGGCCCUCUCAGGAACCCGUGCUCAGGUACGAGUAUGGCGCGGGAGACAACUACCCUGGCGCGGGCAUCCCUGCCCUGAUCUCCCCCACAGAGGCCGUGUCCACCACUGCAGUCUACACCCCGGCCCAGCCAACCGGCAAUGGACCGACAUUGAAAUAUGAAUACGCCGAGGCCGAAAACCAACGGCCCGGCAUUUACCUCUCGACCGUCAUUACCAAAAUUUAUCGACCGCAGCCCACACAACCACCUCCAGUGCUCGAGUAUGAAUAUGUCGGCGCUGAAAACCCGGUUGCAAACCCUUUCACCAGUACUACCGGUACUACCACUAUCCACACUGCAACCACAACACCCCCUCCUGGUGACGCAGGCUAACUCGGCCUGUUGUACGAAUACGUCGGGAAUGGUGGCCCAGGUGCCUGGGGCGUCCUGUCCACCGCUACCAGUUUCGUCACAUCAUACCCCGCCACGCCCACACCGACAACCCUCACCACACAUGGUCAACAGCCGGAACAUAGGAAGCCACCAGCCUUACUCUACGAAAACGUAGGACGAGGGGUUGCCGACACCGGGGUCACACUUGUUCCUACUGGGGGUUCAUCUUUGCACGUCUCAGGCCAGCACGAGAAGAGGCGGGCACAAGGCUCUCCGGAAGAGAUACACCCAUUACUUUUACGUGAGGGCUAUUGCCAAUGGUGUCCCUUCGGCUCUGCCCAAUUAGGCAGACAUUACCAACUCGGAUGCGGCUCACCUUGGAAGGGGGAGAGGGUUUGUUGGAAAUGCCUAGUAUUUCAUCGAAAGCGUGGUACUGACGGAUAUACGAUACGGCGAAAUUUUCGAGCGAGGUUUCGUCCGGGCUGAUGACGUGGCAAUUGCGCAUAACCCGGGUGAUCAUGGGUGA